AUGUUUCUGAAUGGGCUACCCUUCACUCUUAUCGCGGGCUCAAAUAGCAAAUCUACCGUCAUUGCCGGUCAGGACAGCCUACGUCGCAAAACGGGCCGUACUUCAGAAGACGGUGCCAGCACGACAUUGUAUCUUCCUAGGUCCGGUGCGGACUUUAUCGGAUGGCGCAAUGGCAUUGUUGAAGAUUACUCUAAGUGCCAUUUCACCUUCUCCCGGGACAAACUAGCGCCAGAGAGAGGCGCCUCUCUCCAAUUGGAGUGUUUCCUUUUUGCAUUAAACCUUUUGUGGCUGGACUACGAUGCGGGUAAUGGUAUCGUACUGAACCAGAUUGACAUGGUUUUUAUGCAAGAGUAUGCAGGUCUCGACACGAAGUUUGGAACUGUUAUUGAUUUGGAUGAAGACGAUCCUUCCUUUCCACGAGGCAAGACAUUGCAAAUGUUGGCCCAGGAAGGAAAGCUCUUCCUGGUACAUUUAUAUGCAACUUUGUACUUGCGAGCCAUGAUUGUGGCUAGACUGGGGAAUAAAAGCCCGACCUAUUGCCGGCUGGGAGCAUUUGAAGUUGCCCUUGGCCUGCAGAGUUUUCCACUAGGUGAAGAGUGGCAGAUUUCAAAGGAACGAGGGUGGAAUGCUAAUUAG